AUGCUAGAUAUAAUCUCUAUUAAUAUCAGUGGACGAAAAUUCGAACUUGACAAAUGUUACUUUAAAAAAUUUCCAAAAACAUUAUUGGGAAAUCCUUUGAAAUUAAAUGAAUAUUUUGAUAAGACUAGAAACGAAUAUUUUUUUGACCGACAUCGAGACAGUUUUGAAGGAAUUAUAAAUUAUUACCAAAAUGAGGGAAACCUAAAAAAACCAGGAAACGUCGAUAUAGACAUAUUUACAAGAGAAGUAGAAUUUUUUGAAAUUGAUCGUCGGUCGAUCGAAAAUAUGUAUGCUGACGAAGGAAUUGGUCCAUAUUACGUUCCGAAAGAAAUAAAUAUCCCAGAAAAUUUUUUUUUGAGAUUUAUAUGGAUAACUUUAAAGUUUCCUGAUUUAUCUAUGAGUGGAAAGAUUAUUCAAAUAUUUUCAAAUCUUUUAAUUUUGCUUUCCAUUGCAAAUUUAUGUUUGCGCACUUAUCCACACAAUGAUAUAAGGAUAGAAAGUCUUUCCAAAAUUAAUUAUAUUUUUGCAAUUGAAGUUCUGUUUACAACAUAUUUUACAAUUGAAAUGAUCAUUCGCUUAUUUUUGAUUUAUAAAAUUAUUUCAGAAUGUUUUUCUGGAAAAUUUAUAGUUGACAUUUUAAGCAUUUCACCGUUAUACAUACAAACUAUAUUUGAAGUUAUAUAUGCUCAUGGAUUAAUCAAACACAGUAUAUUGUACACAAUUAACCAGAUUUGUUUAAUAAUCCAAAUAAUUCGAAUAUUUAAGUUAUCAAAUAAUUUAACUGGUCUAGAAAUACUGGGAAAAGCUAUUUUUUAUUCACUUGAUUGUUUGACGCUAAUGCUGGUUUAUUUUAUGAUCACAAUUCUCUUUUAUUCGUCGUUAAUUUAUUACGCAGAAUUAACCAAUGUCAAUAGUAACUUUUUAAGCAUUCCGGAUGCAUUUUGGUGGGCUAUUAUUACAAUGACAACUGUUGGAUAUGGAGAUAAGCGACCAUUGGGAGUUUAUGGAAAAAUUGUGGCAGGUUUCUGCUCUCUUUCUGGAAUAUUAAUCAUAUCAUUCCCAAUUCCAGUGAUAGUUUCAAAAUUUACAUUUUUAUAUAAGAAAAAAUUUAAAAUGCCAUCAGAAAUUUCACAUGAAACUUUACACGACACGUCGACACCGCUGAUGCCUAAUCUGUUCACGGGAAGUGCUGAGGCGACUGUACGUGCCAGAGGACAGAUCGCAAAGACAGUUGGUGUUUGGGGAGGUCAAAUGUAG